UUUCUGAUAAUGCGCUCAAUCGCUCUCGAUGCCGCGCUCCGACUCCGUGAAAUUCCGUACAGAACGCGGGCAAUUUUUGUAAACAAACGAGUGUUUUGGUGUCGCGGGUGGUCAGUUCCUCCAGUGCGGAAAUUACGAUGGCCACAAAUGGGCAGCCGAAUCUUUUUUUUCGAUCGCCAAGAUGGGGGAUUUUGCCGCCCCCUAUUCGCAGGGAAUUCGGCAGUGUUGAGUGCUGAAAAGUGUCGGAAAAUGUGCAGAAUAGCUUGUUCCGGGUCGUAGCAAUAUGGUCCAGUUGUAACAAUUAUAGAAUGAAUAGUCGCUGAGCACACACGCACGGGUCAACAUGGACUCGGUGGAAGCAAUGGAGCUUAUCGAGGACGAUAACAUCACCGGAGCGUCCGACGAUGACGACGACGGAGAUCCCAGCAGCCCGGGCAGUGCGUAUGAUGACGGAACCAACCUGAUCAAUGUGGCAAUGGAAAACGAAGUUACGGCACAGCUUGUCGCCGCUGGAGUAGUCGGAGUGGCUGCCGCUGCAGCAAUCACAUCCUCCAAGAAGAAGAAGCGUCCGCAUUCGUUCGAAACGAACCCUUCCAUUCGGAAGCGGCAGCAGAACCGGUUACUGCGAAAGCUGAGGCAAACCAUCUUCGAGUAUGCAACCCGCGUCGGUCAGCAAGCGGUUGUCCUGGUGGCAACCCCCGGCAAACCGAACAAUAUCUUCAAAGUGUUCGGCGCUAAACCGUUGGAAGAUGUGCUGAAGAACCUACGCACGAAUGUGAUGGACAAGCUGGAUGAAGCACUAGCGGCACAGGCUCCCCCACGCGUUCAGGACGAUCCGUCACUAUUCGAACUGCCCCCGCUGAUCAUAGACGGAAUCCCAACGCCGGUGGAGAAAAUGACGCAAGCCCAAUUGCGAGCAUUUAUCCCCCUGAUGCUCAAGUAUUCCACCGGGCGAGGUAAACCCGGCUGGGGAAGGGAUUCAACGCGUCCGGCCUGGUGGCCGAAGGAACUGCCGUGGGCUAAUGUACGCAUGGACGCUCGAACUGAGGAGGAGAAGCAAAAAAUAAGUUGGACACACGCCCUUCGGAAGAUAGUGAUCAACUGUUACAAAUACCACGGCCGAGAAGAUCUGCUGCCAGCUUUCAGUGAAGAAGACGAGAAGGCUAAUGCGAUUGCCACCGCUAACUCUAACGUUGAGCAAAUAAAGAUUCAUAACUCAAACGUAAUCACGACCACAACCGGCGGCAACUCGAUUGCCAGUAGCAGCAACACCGGCCAGCAGCACAUUGUCAUCCAGCACCAGCCGAGCGGGACGAUAACCACCAGCAUACCGCAGUCGCAAAUCAUCAAGGAGAUAUCGGACGGGACGAUCCAGAUUCAGACGCAGUCCUCGCCAACGCAGACCCUGAAUGCGCAGGUUUGCCUCGACUCGAUGGCGCUAAACGAUGUGGAUUAUACACACACCGUGCUGCAAACAAUUCAGAACGCCGAUGGAACCAUGUCUAUCAUCCAGGUGGAUCCGAACAAUCCUAUCAUUACACUUCCAGACGGAACAACCGCACAAGUACAAGGAAUCGCAACGUUACAAGCCCAGGGUGACAACGGUGUCCACACAAUACAGACCAUAUCCGACGGUCAGGGUGAAAGCAUGUCGGUGGACUUGACAGAAGCCACUCUCGGUCAGGAUGGACAGUUGAUCAUAACCGGCGAGGACGGUCAAGAAUAUACUUACUCAGGCUUCCCGAUGAAUGUGAGCGGAAUGAUCACCGUUCCCGUAUCGGCCCAGAUGUACCAGACGAUGGUAGCUAACAUUCAGCAGCUGCCCAACGGGGACGGAACCGUGUGUAUAACUCCGAUGCAGGUACAUAACCAAAGUUCCACGGCGAACAUUAAUGCUAGGACGACGGUAGCGAACCAGAACGUGACACUUUCAUCAAACAAUACUAGUAACAGUAAUCAAAUGACCACCAACCAGUUCCCUACCAACAGUAGCUGUAAUUCAAACAGCCCAAAGAGGCCUCGAACCGUACAAAGUCAUACCGGUGUUAACGUCGCUAGUUCAAUAAACCCAAAAAUCGAUGCCGAUGAGCAUAUUUUUAACCAACUUUUAGCAUCAAGCCAAAGUAAGAAACAUAGUGUGAUAGCAAACAAUAACAAUAGUAACUCUACCAAUAACAAUACGAUUAAGAUCAAUCUCUCAAAAGAAGCCGUAGCCGCGGCUGCGGCAGCGUCCGGGGACAGAACUAGUCAGAAAUCGGCCCUACAUCAGGGUAUCGUUAUUCAGCUGAACAGCAAUCUUCUCAAUGCGAAAGAUCUCCUAAGCGAAAACCUGUCCGCGGCCAUCGAGAAGCAGGUUCAGCUUGUCAAGCAAGAACUGGAGGAAGCUCAACUGAAUAACGGUUCGAAACCGACUACGACCAGUCCGUCUCCGACGCCGACCUCGCGAAGUCCCAUCGAACUGGAUGAACAUGAUUAGAAUGAAAGAGAAGAAAAAAAACACAUUACCAAGAUCUUAGUUUCAACAGUAUAAGCAUAAUGCCAUCACUAAUUUAGUCAAAACAGCCACCCUCGAAGCAGCCAGAGUGCCUAAGAUUAGGUCUUAACUUGCGAUCCAGGCACUUACUGUUGUCUGACUGACUGACCUGACCGUGGACCUUAGUUGUGACCAACGCUGACGCUGUUUUUACAAUCUUUAUUCUGAGUUUCAAGUAUUGUUGAGUUUUUCAGUAGAAUUUGGUUGUUUUGGUUGCCAAAGAUUUAUCCGUUCAGGACAUCUGUAGCUGUUUUGGAUAUGAUUUAAAAUUUAGUUUAUUGCUUGUUGACGUGUAUCUCAAUUCUUCUACAUUGUAAAUUACUAUUCCGUGCUUUUGAGUAGUUACCUUGAAUUUUCACUGUAAAAUACAUCGACUAGUUCCUGCUUGGAAUUAGCUGAUAAUGGAGUUCGAGGAACUCCCUGGAUUGCUUGGGACAUUCCAACCAAUUAAAACUGCGGCCAUCCCAUCCUUCACUGUCGUGCUCUUAUCUUCCUGACGCCAGAGCUAAUAAAACUCCUCUUGAGCAGCCUUUCCUCGGGCAAAAUUCUCCUAGUCGAAGCUGAUCGGAUACACAAAUGCAAUUCAACGGUGUAUCUGCGGAACACCUCCCCCACGUUUCUGUUUACGUGUUCAAACUUUGCACCCCUCCUGAGACGACUUAACUGCUAGAUAGUGAAACAAAUGCAAUUAAAUGUAGUCCAACUUUUAGUCAAUCCUACCAUUUUUAUAGUAAAGUUUAGUUAUCGAUAGGCUUUUUUUAAUUUGAUUAUUUCAUCUUUAAGUUCAUGUGCCAUUUUAGUAUGAGUAUUUGUGGUUUGCAUUAUUUAUUUGUGUCCAUCUAAUUUCGUGUGUGUAUUAGUCAUUUUAUUUAUAAGUUGUUAGUUUAUAAAAUUAAAAUAUUAUUUAUAACGGAAUAAAGAAUCAGUCUUUUUUACA